AUGAGACGAGGUCUCCUCCUUGCCGUGGCAGCUCUAUCGACAAAUACUCAGGGCGCGGUCGUCGACAAGAGACAGAACAUCCAAGUCGAUGGAAACGGCAACGUCAACGUGCAAGGCCCCGGUGCCGCGGGCGUAAAGGUGACGACCUUGGACAUUACCGACGCCGGCGGGGCGGGAUUGGGCCAGGGAGGCAUUCUUGCCGGCAUCUUGGGCGCCCUCAAUGGAAACGGGAAUGCCGGCAACGCCGCCAACUGCCCGCCGGCGCCCGCGCCCGUCACUGUCACGACGACGGUGUUCAUGAACGCCUCGGUGCCUCCGCCGUUGACGGUCUUUGUCACGCAGCAAGCCCCGCCGCAAAUCAUCACGCAGUUUGUCACCCCGACGCUGCCUGCCGCUGCUGCCCCUCCCGCGGCCGCGGCGCCAUCAGCCCCAGCCGCGGCGCCAUCAGCCCCAGCCGCGGCGCCUUCUGCCCCUGCGGCAUCGUCGCAACCCGGCCUCGUCGUCCCCGGCACUACUCGGCCGCCGCCCUUUGCCGGUCUCUUAUCCUCUUCGAUUCCGCCGCCGUCUGCGGCAACUACUGCUCCUGUUGCAGCUGAGCCCGCCUCCUCCAAGUCCGCCGCCGCCCCCGCCGCUUCUAAAGCCCCCGCCGAGGCUCUCCCGCAGGUCGGUGGCCCGGCCGGCAACAGCAAUCCAACGAAGUCUCUGAACCUGGGCGGUCUCACCGGCACCGCCGCCGCCGGCGCGCCCGCCGCCGACAUCACGCCCCCGGUCGCCGUGAACCCCGCCCAGCCGGCGCUCGCCGUCAGUGGCCUCACCCUCAGCAAGUCUCUGCUGCUCGGCAACCUGCUGCAGCAGACGGGCCGGCUGCCGGCCCGCGAGACGCCUGCGUUGUAA